ACGGUUUAUCACAUGAUGAGAAAUUAACUCUACCACCGUUUUAACCGGAAACGAAUGAUAAUCAUAUGAACAGCUAGAGAUCUAAAACUAAUUUUCGACAAUGGAUUACGAACCACGGGGGCCGAUGAAAACUCUUGGAGUGUCACCGUAUCCAGUUUAUGCAGCCGUAUGGGCGCUUGGUUCAACUGCGCUUACAAUUAUUGGUGGCUAUUACCUCUUGACAGGCCAAGGAAGUCGGUUCGACAUAGGAUGGUUGCUGGGCAGUAUCUCACCCUACAUGUGGGCCUGUAUGGGCAUUGGUUUGGCCAUCUCUUUGUCAGUUGUUGGAGCAGCAUGGGGCAUUUUCACAACUGGAUCAAGCAUUUUAGGCGGUGGUGUUAAGGCUCCAAGAAUUAAAACCAAGAACUUGAUUAGCAUCAUCUUUUGCGAAGCAGUGGCCAUUUAUGGAAUCAUCAUGGCCAUUGUUAUAACAAAUAAUGUUGGUAGUUUUAACAAUGAUACAGAUUCACUUGAGGCUCUGAAGAACUCGUAUGCAGCAGGUUACAAGAUGUUCGCGGCUGGACUGACUGUGGGCAUCUGUAAUAUUGCCUGUGGAAUCUGCGUCGGCAUCGUUGGCUCUGGUGCUGCCCUGGCCGAUGCACAAAGCUCGUCUCUCUUCGUUAAGAUCCUGAUCAUUGAGAUCUUUGGUAGCGCAAUUGGACUAUUUGGUGUCAUUGUUGCCAUUUUACAGAUUGCAGGUUCGAAGAUUGGAUCAGACUAAAGGUGGAGAUCAGAUUGUCGUCUGGGUUUCUAUGGAUAGACUAGGGAUCAAACCAUUUUGACAACAGAGGAGGUGUACACUUGUGGACAGCAUGCAUGUUACCUUGAUUCAUGACUAGAUGUUCAAAACAAAGCCAUGUUGUCAAUUAAGAUUAUCAGUGUUUGUGAUAUUGUUUUCUUGUUUGUAUGUACAUAAUCCCUGUCUGUUAAACAUGAAAUAAUAUUGGUGAAAUUAUCUUGUUUGCCAGGAACAGCAACUAUUUUAAACUUAAUAUUGUUAAAAUGUUUGUUAUAUGAUAUCUUCAGGGAUAAAAAAAGUACAGAAUAAAUCUUCAUCCAAUCCAUUAUGUUACGCGUUUUUAACAUUCCAAAACAAAAUAUAUUUGUUAGUUGGGAUUAAAUGUAUUCAUGACAUUCUCAACUGUUCAGUUACUUGCAUUUAGGCUAUUUUCUUGUAUUAUAUGUUAAUCCAGAGCUGUUGUGCAUGGUUGUCAUGUGGUUUUUGUAAAUAACAAAAGACUAUAAUCUUGUUUGGUAUGAGAUAAUGGUUUAAGAUUAUUGUAUAUAAUUUUAUAUUUAUUCGUGAAAACGAAAACUUAUACAAGUAUGAUAUAAAUGAAUUUUGAACAGCUUUUUUGAAUCCCAUAUGAGUUUCUUGGUCAGCAAUAGAUAUUGUCACUAUUAUGUCCAUAUUACUCAUUUGGUGUUACAAAGUAUUCAUAUAAUAGCAGUAUUCGACAAUAUGCCAGACUUUCAAAAUAUUACACACUUAACAAAAAAAUAAAAGGAAUAUCUUCUAUAGAUUAAUAUAUUAAACAUUUUUUUGUACAAUUAAGAUACUUUUUGUGAGACACAUGUAUAUUUGUAUAUCAGUGGUUUUGUUCUAGUAUAAUUUAAGUGGUAAAAUACGUCAUGCAUCAAAUUACCUGUGACAUUUGAAAUUAUAAUGUAUUUGAAGUUUAACAUUUUGUUUUUGUUGUCUGUUAUUUCAGUUUUAACCUGUGUUUGUCAUUUGAAACUUAAAUUGAUAAGAUUUGUGUUAUUUUGAAAUAAUGUUUCUUAGAACAAACACCCACAUAUUGACUUGUAUAAUUGUUGUUCAGUUUUAAAUGCAUUUGCAUUUAUAUUAGUCAUUGUAAUAAAUCAAGAAUUUGUA